UCUAUCAGUGGACACUCCCCCAUUUUGACUCAGUGUAAAGACAGGACAGGCGACCGUCCUGCUGCAGAGCAAACUGUUGAUUCCGAACGACUCUGCUAUCGAGGUGGAGAAGUAACUCAUAGGACAAUCAGAAGAGGAUCCCACUAAGGCAAUAAGUUGCAGUCCCUCCUCAUCAAUAUGGGGGCUGUGAUUUCACGAUGGAGGGCUAAACCGUCCACUGUGGAGAUUUUGGAAGGACUUGAAAAGGAAAUACAGACGCUUGAAGAAUACAGUGAGAAGUAUCAGAGACAGUUGAAGAUAUGGGUUGGACGUCUGCUUCUGUACUCUUCUCUACUUUAUUUGAUCACUUCCAUAGUUGUGUAUUUCUGGUACUUACCUGAACAGUUAAUGGGACGUCUCAUACUGUCUCUUCCCUUUGUAAUAUUUCCACUUUUAGUGUGGUUACUUCGAAAGCUGCUCGUAAUUAUUUUUUCACGUAGAACUGAAAAAAAUAAUGAGAAGUUAGAAGACCUUAAAGCACAGAAAGGGAAAAUACUUGAGGAAGUUAUGGAAACUGAGACAUAUAAAACUGCCAAAAUGAUUCUAGAGAGAUUUGAUCCUGAUUCCAAGAAAAAAAAUGAGCUGGAGUCUCCAAUUGGACCUCAGUUCACUCCAAAACCAGGACAAGAGCUUCGCCAGCGCAGUGUCAUACCGAAGACCCCUUUAGUGGUGGUGAAUCCUGCAAGCGGUAAUGCAGCUCGCCCUCCUCUUGCCUGUGGGCCCACCUAUCCUGGACGAUCUUCUCAUUCUGCUCCAGGUGGACCCCCAGAGAGGUGCCUGUCAGCUAUAGCUGCUCAGCAGAGCUUGAUGAGGAAGCCUGUGACCCCAGGAACACCUGUUCCAGGAGUCGGGAUGCACCCCCCAGGCCCGCCCUUGGCCAGACCUGUGCUCCCAAGGGACAGAGGUGCAAUGGACAAAGUCAUAGAGUAUCUAGUUGGAGAUGGCCCUCAGAACAGAUACGCUCUCAUAUGUCAGCAGUGUCUGUCUCAUAACGGCAUGGCAUUAAAGGAAGAAUUUGAAUACAUCGCCUUCCGAUGUGCAUAUUGUUAUUUUCUGAAUCCUGCAAGAAAGACCAGACCUCAGGCACCAAGACUCCCUGAGGUCAGCUGUGAUCCAAAUAUGACAUCCGAGGUGCCCCACCCCGUGUCUGCUGACGUUGAUGGCGACAAAUAUGUUUCAGGGAAAACCAAGCUUGCUGAUGUCCCUCUUGAAGCUGAUGUCCCUCUUGAAGCUGAUGUCCCUCUUGAAACUGAUGCCGAAGAGCCAGGCACGCCACCGACCACAGAGCCCAAUUCUGUGUCAGACAGCCACGACACCCUGGAGUCACAUGACCUGCCAGUUGAGAAAUCAGAUGAAGAGCAAGAUAUUUCUGCCAUGGAAGUGGAAUAAAGCAAUACAAGGGUAAUUUCAACACAAGUCAGGGUGGAAUGUAUUUUCUUUGAGGAAAUGUAAUCAUGGUCAGUUUACAUGUAAAAACCAGAGGUUACAUCAUCACAGCAACAGCAUAAAUGUUUUUGUGAGUUUCAGCCUGCAGAAUGUUCUUUCUUUUAAAGUUCUAGCAAUUGUAAUGAACUGAAUUUUACAUGGCAUUGCACUCACAUUCAAUUACAGUUUCCAUCAUUAUAAGUCCAGAACAUAGAGCAAUAAGGGUUAGGCUACUUCCUUCUUUUGGCCCUUACUCUUUUUUUUUUUUCCAUUGGUAGGGUAGUCCUUUUAAUUUUGGGGGGAACUGAACAAUGGUCUUCUUGGCAGUCAAAAGGCCAGCACCCUGGUUGAGGGUUUAUAUGAUAACUUCUUUGUUCCUUAAAGAAAUGUGACGCCUUGCCGCUGUAUAAUGGAUGGGAAAGGCCAGGAAGAGCAAUUGAAAUUCAGCCUAAAUGCAUUGUUGUCUUCAGGGUUUUAUUUUUAUGUAUGUUUACUUCUCCAUAUUUUAUUUUUGACAGAGUUUCUGAAAUUCUGUUCUCAUAAAUAAUAGAGUAAAAAUUAAAUAUGAGGUCACUGUGGGAAAACUUUUAUUUAUGAAGCAUUAUUUAUAGCUAUUUUUCUACAGUUCUGUACCUGUCAUGAGAGCACCAACUGGUGCAGUGUGGAGGUGCUAACUUGUUUACAUAACUUUGGUACCAUAAGAGGUAUGCACAUACAAAGAAAAGCAGAUUUUUCAGUACUGUAUGUGUCCUAAGUGCCUUUUUAUAUUUGAGUUCUUAAAAUAUUUUCAAUAAAAUUAAAUAUUUUGACAAAUAAGUCAUUCACCUGUUUUUCAGUCUUAAAUGACACUAUCUGUUGUUGAAUGUAUGAGUUCCUGUCCUGUAGAAAUAAUAAAUAAAUGUUUAAGAACA